AUGCUGGAGGUUAUUUAUUGGAUUAUGCUGAGGGUGAGUUCCUGAGUGAUGUAAUCACCCUUCAGGCUUCCCAUCUGCCCCGGCAAUAGGAGAAAUGCAAGUCUAUUAGAAAUUUGACUGAACGCUGUGUGCACCCUGUCCUCUUGAACAAUCGAAAAGUCGUCUCACUGCUCCUUCGGCUUAAACGACAACAUCUGCUCCAUAGGGACGAACUUCAUUGAUAAAGAAUAGAAUGCUAUUAUCGACAAAGACAAGGGAAACUGGAAUAGCCAUUUCUGGCUUAUUAACCGUCGUCAGCCAGUCAUACCCAACCCCGAAGUGUGGCACACCCGAGGCUCGAACUCGCGAUCUGUUUGUUGGAAGCCUACGCCUCUAACCACUGAGCCACGAGCCUGUUGCCCUGUCCGUUUUGGUCUGGAAUAUACAAUGGCAGGGUCGCGAGUUCGAGCCUCGGGUGUUCCACACUUCGUGAUUGGGUAUGACUGGCUGACGACGUCUAAUAAGCCAGGAAUGGCCAUUCCAGUCUCCCUUGUCUUUGUCGGUAAUAACAUACUGCCUAUGUCAUGCGCCACUAUGCGGCUGUUGGUUGGGCUCGAGAGAGAGCCCACAAGGCACAACGGAACGAGUGAAUUCCGUAAGAACGAUAGGUGAGCGCCCCUACCAUUGAUAAAGAGUACUUGGCAAGAUCUGGUUAUGUAGCCCCACCUGAUGGACACAAUAUUGUUGGGGUUUGGAUUAGGGUUAGGGGUUAGAGUUAGGUGGCAGGAUUAGGGUGAGGACAACUAUUUCUCAACCACUCAAAAUACAACCGCGCAUUCCCAAUGGCUUUUCUUUUGCAUACAACUACUUGGCCUCGUCGCCUGUGCGUCCCCCGGCCGCACCUGUAAAAACCCCUAUUACAGCCGGUCCUGUAUUACAGAUGGCUGGGGUUUGCUUACUUCAGGUGGAGCUACAUAACCACAUCUGAACCUUGUAUUUGAAUUGGAGUAUGAUCAGAAUACUGGAACGGGAUCAUAUCCCAUAAUCAAGACUUAGUCGGAACAACGGAAUAUGUGGUCAAAAGUAGUGACUGAGCGGAUAAUCGGUGCUACUAUAGCGUGAUUCCUACCACCGGUUUUCUGCCGUAGCACGUCUCGUGUACUAAUCGAUACCGAUCAAAAAUCAAAAUCAGGUUAAAAAUAUGUUGUUAACAUUGAAAAAAUUAAACUCGCACUAAAUAACAACAUUUAAGAAGCAAAUACUUCUUUAGUAUCGCACAGGAUUGCCUCAAAGUGGUAUUUGUCACUUCUCAAAACACGCCAGCAGUGUUCGUCCAAGUGCCCCUGAAGUAAGCGCUGUGGAACUCUAUGAUUUUUCUCCAAAAUCUCAAUCGUGCUGUCUAGUCAAGUCCUCUUAAUUUUUUGGCUGUGCGCAACUGCACGCAGACCAACGUAAUUGUCUUGAGGAUUAACGGCUUCGUGAUAGUACUUAGUCUUUAUCGAUAAACUGGCUAUUUGUCAGAAUGUAUUAUUGAACCAGCUUCCAUUUAGCAUUCAGUGAUAAGGCUUAACAUCGCUACAUGUCGGUUGUGUAUGUAGAAGUACCAAACAUACAGUAGAUGUGCUAACUCAUGAAAUAUCAACCAAAAUUUCGAAAUGCGUUCUCGUUUCGAAAAGAUAAAUUAAGUAGUGUUGUAAAACUGAUCAUGAUGCAGCAUGAAUCUAUGAGGAUCCAGUCACCUCAGGGUGUCGGCUUUCGAAAGAACUUAUUUUCGGCUGCAUGCAAGAUCUAUACUCUGCAAAUAAUGACUACUUAUGUAGUAUGCAAUUUUCUCAUUGAUUUUCGAUGCCCUUGAAAAUUCAAUUAUAUUUCAUGGAAAACAUGCAUAAAAAUAUUCAUUCUUUUACUUAUUCGGUAGAAAAUCACGUCUUCUUCCAAUUUCAUACUCAAAAGAAGAGUAUAAUUCGGUAUUAAAAAACUUUUCUAAUUCCCGAAUAAUUUCGAACCCGACCUGCUGUUACACUUGCAUUUAGGGUUUCAAAACUACAGGCUGUAUAUUUUCCGUGUACGGAAAACAAUGCAUUUCUCUACGGCGUUAAGAAGAGACCGUAUGAGGUUCAUAAAAUUAAGCCGUGGAUUUGAGAAAUAUGGUUAACUUUACAAGCCAUAUUGGUAAAUGCAGAUACAUGACGUUUCAUGAACGGCCAUUUGACGGUAUUAAAAAAUCUCACAGUUAGAAACUUUUUUAAAACCGAAUUAUACUCUUCUUUUGAGAAUGAAAUUGGAAUAACACGUGAUUUUCUACCGAAUAAGCAAAAGAAUGAAUGUUUUUAUGCAUGUUUUCCAGGAAAUAUAAUUGAAUUUUCAAGGGCAUCGAAAAUCAAUGAGAAAAUUGCAUACUACAUAAGUAGUCAUUAUUUGCAGAGUAUAGAUCUUGCAUGCAGCCGAAAAUAAGUUCUUUCGAAAGCCGACACCCUGCGGUAACUGGAUCAUUUUAGAUUUAAGCUGCAUCAUGAUUAGUUUUACAACACUACUUAAUUUAUCUUUUCGAAACGAGAACGUAUUUCGAAAUUUUGGUUGACAUUUCAUGAGUUAGCGCAUCUACUGUAGGUACCCUUACAUAAUCCAAAGUCCCAUGACCACCAGUAUGUGAGUCGUGGUUUCGAUAACUCUACACUGGAUCGUCACCGUUUUUUCGGCAAGUGCAUCUUAACCUAAAAGACGACAAAGAUCGUACUUACGGCGUUCUGAAAAUCUAGCCUGAUCGAUCUGUAUUGGGUGUUCCGGUGUUCCAUUCAGGUUUUUUCUCCCACCAACAGAUACCAUUCCGGACCAAACUUCCCUGGUGAGCUGUGGAAAUCACUGUCUGGACGCUUGCCAAUGAACAGGGUGCUUUUGCCAUUGUAGACUGCGCCUCCGGCUGCGACUUUUAAGGUUUUAUUCGCCUGACGUUCCGGAUUCCUGCCCAAACCCAUCAUCAGAGACAAUAGCUGUAGUUCUUAUAGGAUGCCGUCGCCAUACGACCGCAUACCUAUGUAAAUUCGCGGCUCUCCCCAUUCAUUGGGGGAUUUUCGUACUUGGUGUGAUGACUGUUCGAUGGCUAACAUUCGUGUCGUUAAUGGCUGUAAUUUCAUCACGAGUGUUGGAUGUUGGUGUGAUGAUCGCCCAACCAUCUGACCCACUGACCUUGACGUUGGGACCAGUGUUCACCUGUGCGCUCCCCGUGUGGCUAGUUACUCCGCCCAGGCGAAGCCUCAGUCCCGAAUAUGGAAUCGGGAGGUCAGUACACUUGUCAAUAAAUAUGACUGCGUUAGUCUUCAUUUUGACUCGGUAGACUAACGAAAUCAACACGUCUUGUGGUUGACUACAGACCGGACAAGAUGCCUGUUUAGCCGUUAUUUCCAAAUCUCCCCUGCGACAUUCAAGACCUCUGCAUGCCACUGACACAUAACCGGGACGAUGUGCCGGCGAGAGAUUGAUACAUCGAAAGUCCUCAUCACCUGAAUUAACUUUGUGCUCAAAUUCUCGCCCAUAUGGGAGAUAGUACCAACCGAAAAGGAUGGAGUAAUUCCUGCUUCACAUUGAAUGUGUAUGUGCUCAGUCAGCUCAACUCCGUCCUUGGAGAGGUCAUGUUCGAGGAGACUAUUCAGUGGCUUCACGAGUUCUUUUUGUCGCAGGCUUGCAUGGAACAAUUGACAGUUAUUUCGAGGGUUUCUGCUGACGAUUUCAAGACAGACAGGUAUGCUUGCCAGUUAUUUUUAAAUAUUUACCAAGUCGAUUCCAAUGAUAUCUGUUGGUCGAUGUGAAAGCAUUUGGUUGAGGACGCUGGGUUUCUCGCCGACGCCCUGAGUUGCUACCCUAAAGAGGCCAUAGAACCAAUGUGUUUGCAGACGGUCACAUGAGAUUCGCACGACUUAUUAGCCUGAGUACUUUCUAAUAAGUCCUAGAAUCAAUUAGAUUUUGUUUAGGGUACUUAUUUAAACGAGGUAAACUGAACUGACCGUUUCUGGUCUAUUAGACAUCAUCAGGCGGGCGUACACGGUCUCACGUUUUGAGGCACCUAGUAUUCGAACCCGAGAUCUUUGGCCAUUGCGUUGAACGCUCUGCUAUUGAGCCACAGUCCUGUUCUGUCUCUCGUGUCAUUUUUUCCUCAGGAUUCGCUGAAGCCCAUCCGCGUGAAAGGAAAUAACUUCCAACCUGAAAAAGACUUGACUAAUUUACGUCAAAUGCGCCAUUUAUUGUGGUACAUGACCCGAGCCAAGAACGCAAGACAGUGACCAUUUAAAUUCGGUGCGUUUGAGGGUGGAUUGCGCUUCAUCGUGUUAGUAGUCAGUUUGGCUCAUUCAGAUAAGAAGAGGCGCAAACUCGCCCGCAGCUCCGUACCUGUAGUGGUGUCGACAGUCCAGGCGUCAGAAGCUCCAUGCUCACCGAAAACCGGAAGACUGUAUUUAAUGUGAGCGUCGGCACACAAAUCAAAGCAUUUGGCCGCAAAAAUCAAGGAUAAGAGGAAGGUGAGUGGAUUUGGAGGGGCUGCAAAAGUCGUUUCGUGCGACUUGUCCCACCGAAGGUAUUCAAGGAGGCAUUGCUGUCUGGAAUGUGAAUCAUAAUGCCAUCGAGGCAGAUGUUCUGAUUUCUUGAGAGGGAGCCAAAUAUGUCCUCUAUACCUCAUAGUUUACCAUCGUUCACAGUGUGAAGGAUCUUGGCUGAAUGCCAGAAGGAACACGGAGCGAGAGAGAGAGGGAGGCAUGAGAAAACUUGCGUAGCGGCAAUCUAACAAGAUAGUAGCGCUGAAAAAGGAUUCAGACGCGUGAGGGUCUUCUUGAAUUUCACGCGGAGUCUCCGGCAGGAGUCCUCGCCUUGGCUGGGGAGCCAGAUGAUCCAGCAAAGAGCGCGCAGCGACUGCCGUAAAUACUGUAAUGGCGUUUCUUGAAGCAGUGAUGGAUUUCUUUUUGUCUGGUUCACUAACACGGCCUUCGCCGCGGACUACGAGAAGAACUGCAGUGCGGCCUUCAGCUUUUCCA